CCUCCUCCUCUCUUUCCCCGUCUCCGCCCCCCCUCCACCUCCGCCUCCCCAGAUUCCUCCGCACCGCCAUGGACGACCUCGAGCAGGCCAUCCUGCUGGCCUCCGACUCCCCCGCCGCCGCCGCGGCGUCCCCGUCCGUCCGCGCGGAGGCUCUCGCCUUCUGCGCCCGCGCCCGCGACGAGUCCCCGCCGUCGUCGCUCCUCCGCCUCUGCCUCUCCGGCCUCGCCUCCUCCCCGCACGCGCAGGUCCACUUCUGGUGCCUCCAAUCCCUCCACGACGCGCUCCUCCGCCGCCGCCUCGUGCUCCCCGACGACCUCGCGCUGCUCCGCUCCUCGCUCCUCUCGCUAGCGGUUUCCUCACACGCCGCGUCGCCGCCGUUUCUCCGCAACAAGCUCGCCCAGCUUGUUGCGCUCCUCGUCCGCCUAGAUUACCCCCAUGUCUACCCCUCCUACUUCCUUGACCUCCUCCCACCCGCGCCGCCGCAGCCGGGCCAGACGGACAUGUUCGCGCGGGUCCUCAUCUCACUCGACGACGACCUGCUCUCCCAAGAUUACCCCCGAAGUGCCGACGAGGCCAGCGACGCCAUGCGGGUGAAGGAUUCCAUGCGCGCGCAGUGUGUGCCCCAGAUCGCCCGCCACUGGCACGCAGCCGCCGCCACACUCCGUACAGCCGACCCCGCGGCCGCGGCUGUAGCCCUCGACGCGGCGCGCAGGUGCAUCUCGUGGAUCGAUGUUGGACUGGUGGCCAACGAUGUGUUUGUUCCUCUGCUCUUUGACAUUGCGAUGUCACCUGGAAGUGUGGCUCCGCUUGCUGCUGCAGCCGUGGGGUGCCUCGCUGCUGUGGCAGCGAAGAGGAUGGACGCCAGGGCGAAGGUCGGAUUGCUGAGGUCGCUCCUGGUUGCACAGCAGGGGCUCGGUAGCCCAGACAGCGGGUUAAAGAUGGCACCCUUGGUAACAACAUACGCUGUGGAGGCUCUGGAAUGUUAUCGGAAGCUUGGCCCUAGUGAUGCUGAUGGAGCUGCUGCUUUGGAGAUGCUGGAAGGGGUGCUGCCGGCUGUAUUUGCAGCCGCAGAGAGCUCCGAUGAUGAAGUGGAUUCUGGUUCUGUGCUUGAGUUUUUAUCUGGCUAUGUGAGCAUGAUGAAGGCACCAUCUGAGAAGCAGUUGGGGCACUUGGGACGAAUCUUGGAGGUGGUGCGGGUGCAGAUGUCAUAUGAUCCAGUAUAUAGGGGGCAUCUUGAUGUGCUCGACAAAAUAGGGAAGGAGGAGGAGGACCUCAUGGCAGAACAACGGAAGGAUUUGAUUGCAUUGUUCCGGAGCAUUUGUCGUGUAGCGCCAGCUGCUGCUCAGCUGUUCAUAAGAGGGUUGCUUGUGACAGCUCUCUCGUCGGCAGAAGUUAGUGUGGAGGAUGUUGAGGUCACUCUUACCCUGUUCUACCGGCUUGGAGAAGCAGUGGGUGAGGAAGAGAUCCGGACUGGGGCAGGUCUGCUGGGUGAGCUUGUGCCCAUGCUCCUUGCUGCGAGAUUCUCAUGUCACACACACCGCCUAGUUGCAUUGGUGUAUCUGGAGACAGUUACCCGCUACAUGAAGUUUAUGCAGGAGCAUGUGCAGUAUGUGCCACACCUGCUUAGUGUCUUCUUGGAUAACCGUGGCAUACACCAUCAGAAUGCCCUCGUGAGUCGGCGUGCAGGAUACUUAUUCAUGAGGGCAGUCAAGUUAUUGAAGGCAAAGCUAGUGCCUUACCUGGAUACCAUUUUGCAGAACCUGCAAGAUGUACUAAGCCAAUUCACUUCUAUGGAUUGGGCAAACAAAGAUGUCAAGUUUCCCAGCUCGGAGGAUGGCAGCCAAAUUUUUGAGGCUGUUGGAUUAUUGAUCGGCAUUGAGGAGGUCUCACCAGAGAAGCAGGCUCAGUGCUUGACUGCUCUGCUAAAUCCUCUGUGCCAUCAGAUUGAGUCCCUUGUCAUGGAUGCCAAAGUGCAAGGACUUGAAGAAUCAUCACCGAGAGCCAUUAGUCUUCAACAGAUUAUUGUUGCAUUGAAUAUGGUCAGCAAGGGCUUUAAUGAGCGCCUUGUGAUGGCAAAUAGGCCAGCUAUUGGAGUCAUGUUCAAGAAAACCCUUGAUGUUGUUCUGCAAGUCCUCGUCUCAUUUCCUAAUGUGAAACCUCUGCGAUCUAAGGUCAUAUCCUUUCUGCAUAGGAUGAUUGAGAUAUUAGGUAUCCCAGUGCUUCCAUAUAUCCCAAUCGCACUGAGACAAUUGCUUCUCGAUAAUGAGGCUAAAGAUAUGGUGGAAUUUCUUGUAUUGGUAAACCAAAUAAUCUGCAAAUUCAAAUCUUCAGCUAGUGCCGUACUAGAAGAAGUCUUUCCCACUAUUGCAAGUCAUUUGUCUGUGAUACUAUCACAAGAUGCAUUUUCAGCUGGUCCUGCAAGCAAUACUGAGGAAAUGCGAGAGCUGCAAGAGCUGCAGAGGACGUUAUACACUUUCUUGCAUGCUAUGGCAACACAUGAUCUUUCUACAAUCCUCCUUACUCCUAGCUGUAUGCAGUAUCUGGAUACUAUAAUGCACUUGCUUUUAUUUACUUCAUGUAAACAUAAAGAUAUACUACUCCGCAAGGGAUGUGUACAAAUUUUUGUGAAUCUUGUAAAGGACUGGUGCACUAACUCUGAAGAUAAGGUUACUGGCUUCCGAGAAUUUAUGAUUGAGAAGUUUGCUACUGAUUGCUGUUUGUACAGUGUACUUGAUAAAUCAUUUGAUUUAGGCGAUGCAAAUUCGCUUGUUCUCUUUGGUGAAAUUGCGGUGGCCCAAAAGAUUAUGUAUGAAAGGUUUGGGGACGUCUUCAUUCAGAAAUUUAUAGAAACAGGUCUUACAAAAGUUUGCUGCCCACCGGACCUAGCUAAACAGUAUCGCGAGAAGUUACAGGGAAAUGAUAUCAAGGCAUUCAGGUCAUUUUAUCAAUCGCUUAUCGAGAAAUUAAGACCUCAAGGGAAUGGGAGUCUUGUAUUCAGAUAGCAUCAUUCAUGCAUUUUCAAUAUGUUUGCCAGCAGAAGACUCCUCAGCUGUGUUAUUCCAGUAUAGAGUAGUUGUGUCAUCAUCAAUGUAUAUAGAGCUACCAUUUCUGAGAUUGGAAGGUGUAUACUGCGGCGAUAUCUUUACCUAGUCUGGCUACCGUGGCGGAGUUCCUUAUUCAUCGUGUUCUAUUGAGACGCGGGGGAGUUUGUCCCCCAAUAGUUCUGCUGAGGAAGAAAAAGAGUUCCAUUUCUUUAGUUUGAUCCUUCUCCCCAAAUCAUAGUUAUUCUUCUAUCUGGGCCUGAAGUUUUGCAAGGUACUUCCAGUGAAUUAGUAGUAGUUGGAGGAUAGGGGAAAAAGAGUGCUGUGUAGGCUGUGUUUUUCCUGACAGAAUUGUCGCACCGCCUGUUGUGUUGUGUUAUACCAAAUUUUGCGAAUGGUUUGCACCCCCAGCAUUAGCCGUCUGGGGUGCUGUACUGUACAUAUUCUUUGGUCGUGGUGCCAUUCGCUUUCGUAAAUCAUUCUAUCGCCUUUUUUAUUC